UUCCAUAAUUAGAGCCGAUAUCUAACAGAAUUUCAGUUCACCAUGGCUGGAGGGGGAAUGGUUUCCCACGGUGAGGUGAAGCACUAUACAGGGAAGGUGACGUCAUUCGUCAUCUUCUCCUGUAUGGUGGCUGCUUUGGGCGGUCUCAUCUUCGGAUACGAUCUCGGAAUUUCAGGUGGUGUGACUUCCAUGAAUGUGUUCCUCAAGAAGUUCUUCCCGAACGUGUACCACAAGAUGAUGUCAGAUACCGGUGCCGGUGAAAACCAGUACUGCAAAUUCGACAGCCAGCUGCUGACCCUCUUCACCUCAUCUCUAUACCUUGCAGGGCUGGUCGCGUCCUUCGUCGCCUCCGCCACCACCCGAGCCUUCGGUAGGAAAAUAUCCAUGCUGGUUGGUGGGAUCACAUUUCUAGCGGGGUCCAUCAUCAAUGGCGCUGCCAUGAAUGUGGCUAUGCUUAUCAUCGGUCGGCUCUUGCUCGGUGUCGGUGUAGGAUUUGCUAACCAGUCAGUACCCGUCUAUCUAUCAGAAAUGGCUCCGGCAAAUCUCCGAGGGGCUCUCAACAUUGCCUUCCAGCUCGCCAUAACAAUCGGCAUCCUGAUCGCGAAUCUCAUAAACUACGGGACCAACAAGAUCAAGGGAGGAUAUGGGUGGAGGGUGUCAUUGGCCUUGGCUGGAGUCCCUGCAAUUAUGAUGACGAUCGGAGCAAUGUGCCUCCCGGACACACCCAACUCACUCAUCGAGAGAGGCCACAGGGAUAAGGCCAAGGCCAUGCUCGAGAGGAUCCGUGGCACAACUGAGGUUGAGGAAGAGUUCCAGGACCUUGUGGAGGCGAGCGAGGCGGCCCGGCAAGUCGAGAAUCCAUGGGCCAACAUUGUUCAGAAGAAAUACAGGCCGCAGCUUUCCAUGGCCAUCCUCAUCCCCUUCUUCCAGCAGCUCACUGGCAUCAACGUGAUCAUGUUCUACGCACCUGUGCUGUUCAAGACGUUGGGAUUUGGUGAUGAUGCAUCGCUCAUGUCUGCCGUCAUCACCGGUGUCGUUAACAUGGUAGCCACGUUCGUGUCCGUGGCAACGGUGGACAAGUACGGGAGGAGGUUCUUGUUCCUUGAGGGAGGCACUCAGAUGCUUAUCUGCCAGGUGGCCAUCGGAGCUAUUCUGGGAAUGAAAUUCGGGGUAUCUGGAACAGGAACCUUGACGAAAGCAGACUCCAAUUGGGUCCUCGCCAUGAUCUGCAUCUAUGUGGCUGCCUUUGCCUGGUCGUGGGGACCAUUGGGUUGGCUGGUGCCGAGUGAGAUCUUCUCGCUUGAGAUUCGGUCCGCUGGCCAGGCUAUCACUGUCAGCGUCAACCUCUUCUUCACCUUCAUCAUCGGCCAGGUCUUCCUCGCGGCGCUUUGCCACCUCAAGUUCGGCCUCUUCUUCUUCUUCGCGGGCUUCGUCGCCAUCAUGACAAUCUUCAUCUACUUCUUCUUGCCGGAGACCAAGAACGUCCCGAUUGAGGAGAUGAACUUGGUAUGGAAGAAGCACUGGUUCUGGGGCAGGUACAUCCCCGACGACCACUUCGGUGGGGUCCAGAUGCACGAGAAGAAGGCCGUAGUUUGAUCGAUGUCUGAUGGCGACUUGGAGAGUAUCCGCUGGCGGAGAUCCGACGACGACCAUGCCGGAGUCUUUGUCUUCCAAUUUUGCUAAUCAAUAAUGUAAAAGGAGGGAAAGAAGAGAGUGGAAGGAGGGAAGGAGAAAUUUGGAAGAGAGAAAUUGCAAUC